AUGGGAUUUCCGGAAGCUCAGAAGGCUGACUAUGCCUCAUACCAGCUGAUUGGUGAAGCUUCGACUUGGUGGACCAGUGCGAGGGCUUUGCUUCGAGCCCAAAAUGUUGAUCUGACUUGGGCGGUGUUCAGACGGGUUUUCCUCGACAAGUAUUUCCCAAAGGCCAUGAGAAGAAUGAAACACACUGAGCUGCUGUCACUACGGCCGGAUAAUAUGACUGUCAAUGAAUAUAUUGCUAAAUUUGGGCAGCUGAUGGAAUAUGCCAAUUUUGAUCGAAACAUCUACGAUGAAGAGUGGCAAGUGGAGAAAUAUGAAAGUGGACUGCACCCAGAGAUUCACAAGCUCAUGCUGACUACAGCUAAUCGUACCCUACCAGAAUUAAUUAAUCAGAGUCGUCAAGCGGAAGAAAUUAUCAAUGAAGCGAAGAAUCUGUCUAAGCAGCCAAUGCAAUCCCAAGGAGAAUGUAAAUUGGGCCGGUUCUUCAGAAAGAUUACCAGAAUGAAUAGAGGCAAGGGUCCGCAGUUUCAAUCUCGGACUGGAAACUUCAAGAGAAAUAAUGCUCCUGGCCAAUCAUCAGCAGGACGACAGGGUUCCAAUGCUUGUGCUACAUGUGGGAAGAAUCAUCCUGGAAUCUGUCGACGUGGAAACAACUUAUGCUACGGGUGUGGACAGUCGGGACACUUUGUUUCUGAUUGCCCACAAAAUUUUAAUCGACCUCUUACUCAAGGUCGGGUGUUCACCCUUGAUGCAAAUGAAGCUCAGAAGUAUCCGAAUUUGAUCCGAGGUAAUGUAAUUCUGAACGGUUAUCCUCUUUCUGUUAUCUUUGAUUCUGGAGCAUCAGGUUCUUUUAUGGAGAAACACCCUGCUAUGAGAAUAGGCAUCACCCCAGCUCCGUUACCUUAUGAGUUACAAAUCAGUACUCCUACUAGAGGAUCUUGUACUGCAUCAGAGAUCUGCAGAGGUGUUAUUUUGCAAUUUGAAGGGAACAUUUAUACUGUGAAUUUAGUGGUUCUACCGGUGUUCAAUUUUGAGGUGAUUAUCGAUAUGGACUGGUUGACGGAGGACAGAAUAACAUUGGACUGUCAAGCAGGGAAAGUCAUAGUUCCUUCGAAAGAUGGUAAUUUUCAACCUUUUGCUACUAUUUCUUUAUUACAAGUUAAAAAAGAGCUCCUUCGGGGAGCUGAAGGUUAUCUAUUGUUGAUUGAGUCUGAGACUUCAGUUGACAACCAAAUUCAGAAUGUUCCUAUUGUAAAUCAAUUCGAGAAGGUGUUCCUAGAUGAAAUUCCUCGAUUACCUCCUCAUCGGGAAAUAGAAUUCCCCAUUGAACUUAUUCCCGGAGUUGAACCUAUUUCCAUUUCCUUGUAA